AACGGUUACACCUCCCCAUCCGCAGCUGAUUUAUCGAUACUCGAUGACAGCCUUUUGGGGCUUAGUUGAAAACACAGGACUUUCGUAUUAGUUAUGUGUUCCUGAAACAGGGAAUCUGCAGUCACCACACAACUAGCGCAUUGCAUGCGACCCCCGAAGAGCAGGAGAUUCCCGCAGCAGCAGCAGCAGGAGCAGGUCUAGCAAUUUGCAUCGCUAGCCGCCUACGGCGACGUCAACAAUAUUGAUAGAGUGGCAAUUGGUCUUGGGACUCCACAUUCGCCAUGAGCUGGUUUGAAAAGGCCAAAACAGUGCUGAUUGAGGCGCUGGAUAUCCAGGACGACGACAGCAAGGUGCCAGAGAAGGACUCACCGGUGGCAGGAUCUUCGGGGGAUGGCGGAGCAGUUGUGGUCGGGAGCACCGCAUCCGCGGAGACGCCACUGGGCGGUUCUGCAGCCACACCCGCAUCGGACACGCCCACGUUCUUCGACAAUCCACAUGCCAACGAAAUGGUCACCAUUCCGCCCACACCCACUUCAGUGCCGAGCAGCACCGCCUUCGGCAAGCGGCAGUCGGCCACCUCAGACUCGGUGGAUUUGCUUUCGUCGCCGACAUCGCCCAUUUCGCCCAGCGGCGAUGAGCCGUCGGUGGCUAAGCGCCUGUCCGAGUCCUCGCUGGAACUGAUCACGGCCACAACGGCCAGCGAAAUGGAGAUGUCUCCGGACACGGAGCCCUCUUUGCCGGACAGUAUUGUGAUCAUAGCCAGCAACGAUACCUCGGAUAACGCCGAGGGCGAUGGCGAGGACGACGACGACGAGGGCACAAAGCUGGAGCGGCACAUAGAGGAUCAUCUAAAUGACUCCACGAAAACCAUGAAGGCCUUGGUCCUAAGUGACACCCAGGCAACUGGAAAUGCCGACUCCGAUUCCACCCAGAGUUUCGAGGACAUCCAGCUGCAGAUGAGCCACAAGGGCAAGACGCCCACCCCCGCCAAGACGGAGGUGGUGGACCAGAGCUACUCGUCCACCUCCUCGGACAUCGAGAUCAUCUCGAAUCCGAACGGCGACUCCAGCACCAAUAGCACCACAACGCGCACCAGUCCACAGAAGUUCAAGGAGCUGGCGUGCGGCAAGGCGGGCCCAAAGGAUAAGGGCCACAAUCGCGAGCCCUCGGAGAUUUCGCUGCUCUCGGAGGACUCGCAGUCGGAGCUGGACAAGCUGGUGCAGCGCAUCAGCGAACUGAACCAGGUGAUCGAGGCGCGGGAGCAGCGCCUGCUGCAGUCGGAGCGCCAGAAUGCCGAGCUGCUGGAGCGAAACCAGGAGCUGCGCGCCCGCGUCGAGGCGGCGGCCAAUAGCGCCAACAGUCCGGAUGCGGCGGAUGCCGUCCAACGGCUCUCAGCGCUGGAGAAGAAGUUCCAGGCCAGCAUUCGCGAGCGCGACGCCCUGCGCAUCCAAAUGAAGAGCCUGCGCGACGAGCUGCAGAACAAGAUACCCAAGGAUGAGCUGGCCGAGUGCAACGAGAUGAUCGCCGGCCUGCAGUCCGAGGGCGAGAAGCUGUCCAAGGAGAUCCUGCAGCAGUCGACGAUCAUCAAGAAGCUGCGCGCCAAGGAGAAGACCUCGGACACGCUGCUGAAGAAGAACGGCGAGCAGAUAUCGCUGCUGUCCAGUGAAUCGGAGCGCCUGAAGAAGUCCCUGGCGGCCAAAGAGGAGAUGGAGCGCACCCAGAUUGAGGCCGUCUGCCGGAUGACGGCCGAGAAGAAGCGGGUGGACGAGGAGAACGCCGAGAACCGCAGUCGCAUUGAGGAUCUGCAAUCCCGGCUGGCUGCCCUGCAGGCCAGCUUCGACGGCCUCAAGGGCGAUCUGCAGAAGCGCACGCGCCACGAGCAGGACAGCCUGCGCGCCGAGCAGCAGGAGUACGUGCAGCAGGUGUCCGAUCUGCGCGAGAAACUGCGCCUGGCCGAGCACAGUCUGGCCAGGAAGGAGCAGCAGAUGCGGGAGGAGAACCGCCAGCUAAUGCGUCGCCUGGAGGCCGCCGAGCUGCGUGCGGAGAGCUCCACGCAGGAGUUGGGCGCCACCACCACGCCGCUGAUACGACAGAUCGAGUCGCUGCAGCGCACCCUGGACCAGCGAUCCGCCGGCUGGAAUCGCGAGGAGCAGCAGCUGUUGCAGAAGCUGGACGACUCGCAGCUGCAGCUGCGCUCGCUGCAGCAAUUCGAGUCCGUUCAGGGGGAGAAGCAGGAUCUGCUGCGCACCCGCUGCGGCCUGCUCGAGGAGAAGCUGUCGAGUGCGCUGAUGGAGGCGGAAGCCGCCAAGAUGGCCCUGCGCCAACUCGACCUGGACGUGGCCAGCAAGGAGAGCGAGCACCAGAGACAACUCAACCUGCUCCAGGAGGAGAUCAGGCAGCAACAGGAGCAGAUCGCCAGGCUGGAGCAGCGGUGCCAGCAGCAGAGCGCCGAGAACGAGCUCAGCAAACAGCAGCAUAGCCUGCUGACCGUGGAGGCGGUGAAGGCAGCGAGCAGCGAGUUGCAGCCACAACUGUCGAAGUCGCAGGCUCCCCUGCGCUCCUCGCCGCCGCUCAGCCUGGCGGACGACAGUGGCUCCAACGAGGAGGCCCUGGGCGGCAUAAUUGACUGGCAGGCGGACGACCUCGAUUGUGCUUCCAACUCGGGCCGCCAGCCGUCGGGAAUCAUCCAGGGCGUGCACCUGAGCUUCCUGGCGGCCAACACCAGCACCUUGGAGCACCUACAGGCGCUGCUGAAGCAACGCGACGGCGAGCUGACCCACCUGCAGUGGGAACUGUCGCGUUUGCAGGCGGAGCGAAGCGUGCUCGAUGCGGAGAUAUCCAACCUGACCAUUGAACUGGAAACGAUGAAGGAGAAACUGCAGGUGUACGAGGUGAUGGAGAAGGGGUACGAGGACCUGCAGCAUCGCUACGACGCCCUGCUGCAAAUGUACGGCGAGAAGGUGGAGCGCACCGAAGAACUGGAACUCGACCUGACCGAGCUGAAGGCGGCCUACAAGCUGCAAAUCGACGAACUGCUCGCCGCUCCGCCGCCCAAUCUGCAACGACCGCCGACGCAGACAUGAUUGCCGGAGCGCAGGAUUGUCUCCCUGCCCGAGUUGCCUUGUCUGCGGCGAACGUGGCCAUCGUAACGCUUCCCAUUCCUCCCAGUUGCAAUGUAUUAUGCUUUAUAUACUUAUCGAUUAGCCAAGCGAUUCGGGGAACUCACCUUCCCACAUCCUGCGAAAAAGCAACAUCCACCACACACACAACAUGUACAUGCGAGUAUAUAUCUUUGGUUUGCGUACGUUGACAUCUUCUAGUUAUAUUAUGAAUUGAUCGAUUGUGAUAAUUUAAUUUAUACUUAUAUAUACAACAAGUUAUCGUCUAUGACUAUGUACAAAACUGUUUCUGUUCCGAGCAGUUUGCCAGGCGCCUGCAGCAGCCUCUUGCAAAUAAAUCAAAUAUCAUUUAAUACAGAAUAA